UUAAGGAAGAACAUUUCGACUUUGAAGUUGGCCAACCGAAGUCGGUACCACCUACCCAAGCAGCGUUCAAGUCGAUGCAUUAAUGCAUGAAUGAUGGCUGUGCACGGGACAGGCGAUCCCCUCUCUGGGUGCCCAGGGUUUCCCACUUCGGAUGAAGUCAUAUCGUUGGCUGAGAUGUCAAAGUCUGAUGCACUUUGCAUUCGAGAAUUCCUGCACUUUUGAUGUUCGCUGCGGGGUCAAGGGGUCAGGGGGGAUCUCGGGGAGUACAGGCUAUGAUGCACAAUACUUUUGUCGGGAGAAAUUGUCAAGGGCAGACAACAUGCCAGUUCACGAAGACAUAUGCCGUCCCAGGAAUACCGCAGGGCUGUCGAAUCUGCCACGCGCUUCCGUCAAUAUAAAGUCUUGAACACUACACUACCAGGACAUGACAGCGGGUGUUGACAUCAGUUCUUUUCGCCCACUUCAAAGUUUCAUGCAUCGUAAAAAUGUACCAGAGACGCUAUCGCUAAACCAACUUUCGGACCCCCACAGCCAAUCGGUAGCCAAUUGCCCGCCGCAGAGCCGCCCAAGAGGUUGCAAAGCACUGUGCAGGGGUCUUCCACCCAGCGCCCCUUUGCCGCUAAGGUUUCAGAUGGCCUCCAGGUCCUCGACCCGCACCCUCGGUUCUCCCCGUUCGCUCCCCCUCUUCGCCUCCUCCACAGCCCGUCGUCGAGGCCCAGGAGACCUCCAGAGUCAAUCGACUGGUCAAGGGAUCGCCGAAAUGCUCGGGUGUUCGUGACGAGGCCAAUAGAACUUGACACCUGCCAGCAGGAUGCAGUCCCAUUCGACAACAGAACCUGUCAAGAAUUUGCCCUGAAGCUAGGGAUUGCUUAUGUCUGUUUUUUUUUGCCCAUCGCCAGGGCAGCUUUCUCCAGUCCCGUUUCAGAUACCCGCUGGGUCCCGUCUCCUUCAUGUCUGCCCCCCCUGUUGAUCCAUUUUGAUCCCUAUCAACAAGCCGUCUCUCGCUUUUCCCUCUUUCUGGCCUUCUUUCGUUUCCCCAUUUCUGGCUUUUUGGGCCAACAACCGUAUAUCGACACUUGUGUUGAAAACAGCUUCACUUUCACAGUUCUCCCUCCUCGAGGGGCAACUUGUUUGCCCUCUUUCUUUCUUUUCUCCUCACCAUCUUUUCAUUCUUUCCAGGUUGAUCCUUGGCCAGUUAUUUUGAAUGCCUCUCUUUUAGACUACCACGAUUUUCACUUCUUCGAUUCUUAACUUAUUCCGGACCGGUUUCGAGGAAUUUACAUAUCAAACCCUAUUGACUAGAUCUCAGACGUGAAGGGGACGAUAUAUCGAAGAAGGGAGAAGCAGUUGCGAACUGGACAUUCAGCAAAACUAGAAGGGCGGAUAAGGAAGAUAUACCGACGACAGAGCACUCGCUGCACACGAUUUUUCAUUCGAUCAUUUACACCAACAUUUCAUUAAACGACUUGAAAAGAAAAAGGGGAAAUGAUGAAGACGUGGAUUUUUAGGACAGGUUUGGCCGGUUUGGCUCUGGCGAAUGGAGUACUCGGCGCGGAUAUUCUCGAGACAGUAGGAUUCAGCAACUGCAACGGCACUGCUGCAGUUUCGGUACAAAGGGUCAACAUCAAGUACAACAACGAGGACAAAUCAGUAACCUUCGAUGUGGCCGGCUCGAGCUCGCAGAUUCAGAAUGUCACAGCCGUCUUGAACGUCACGGCUUACGGUCAGAACAUCUACUCGAACGCUUUCGAUCCAUGCGAUGCCGCCACCUUUGUUGACCAGUUGUGCCCCGUUCCCGCGGGCACUUUUUCCGCCAAGGGCACGCAAAAGAUUCCCGAGGAGUUUGCCAACUUGGUUCCAGCUAUCGCGUUUCAGAUUCCCGAUAUUGCGGCCAUGGCUACGUUGCAGCUUCAGUCCAAGGAGUCCGGUGAGAGGGUAGCGUGUCUGGAGGCUCAGGUGAGCAACGGCAAGACUGCCGUUGUCCCUGCCGUUUCCUACGUUGCUGCUGGUGUUGCUGGGGCUGCUUUGAUCAUGAGCGGCAUCUCUGCUGCUGGAGCGGCCUUCUCAGGUGCCAGUGCUGCGGCAAGCGGUGCCAGUGCUGGUGGUAUGGGGACUAUCAGCCCCAGCUUCACUGAGGUCUUUGGCUGGUUUCAGGGCAUGGCCAUGAACGGUAUGAUGUCGGUCAACUACCCCAACGUUUACCGAAGCUUCUCUCAGAACUUCGGCUUCUCGACCGGUCUCGUGCCCUGGACACAGAUGCAGCUUUCCAUCGAUCAGUUCCGCAACAUGACUGGAGGCAACUUGACAGAAGACAGCGUCGAGUUCUUGAGAGGUGCUACUUUGGUGUACCCGGAUGGUUCGUCCUCGACACCUUCCGGCUCGGCUCUCGUGAAGAGGGCAUUCGACAACUUUGUUCACCUUGCCAGACGUCAGAUCGAGGGUAUCGAGACCAGCGUCAACACCACCGAGCCCGGUGUUGUGCCCGAAGGUGGUGCUCCCACCGAGACUAUCCGCGUGGCUGUCACCGGCAUGCAAGCCUACGUCCAGGAGCUCUCCGUCCCCAAGUCCAACACCUUCAUGACUGUACUCCUCAUUGUGGCUCUUGUCAUCGCCGUCAUCGUUGUGGGCGUCCUCCUCGUCAAGAUCAUUCUCGAGUUCUGGGCUCUCUUCGGCAGCUUCCCAAAGUCAUUAUCUGGCUUCCGCAAGCAUUACUGGGGCUCCAUUGGCCGCGCCAUCACUCACUUGAUUCUUCUGCUCUAUGGCGUGUGGGUUCUGUACUGCGUCUUUCAAUUUACCAACGGAGACUCCUGGGCGGCCAAGACCCUGGCUGGUAUCACCCUCUUCCUCUUCACCGGCAUUCUUGCCUUUUUCUCCUUCAACAUCUGGCGCACAGCCCGGAGACUCAAGAAGCAGGAGGGCGACGUUGCAGGGUUGUACGACGACAAGAGCAUCUGGGUCAAGUACAGCUUGUUCUACGAGUCCUAUCGCAAGGGCUGCUGGUGGAUUUUCGUGCCCACCAUCAUUUACAUGUUUGCCAAGGGUUUCGCUCUGGCUGCCACUGACGGCAAUGGCAUGGUGCAGACGUCUGCCCAGCUCAUCAUCGAGGGCGUCAUGCUCAUCGUUCUGAUCUGGAGUCGCCCCUACGAGCGCAAGUCGAGCAACGUGAUCAACAUCACCAUUCAGGUUGUCCGCGUUCUCUCGGUUGUCUGCAUCUUUGUCUUUGUUGAGCAAUUUGGCAUCGCCCAAACCACCCAGACUGUGGCCGGUGUCGUCUUGAUCGCUGUGCAGUCUGCUCUGACGGGCAUCCUCGCCAUUCUGAUUGCCUGGAACGCGAUCAGUGCCUGCUGCAAGAAGAACCCGCACAGACAAAGAAGAAAGGAGAUGGAAAAAAUGCAACGCGACACCCUCACCCCACUGGAUGCGCGCAACUCUCUCCUUCUCGACCGUGAGAAGACGGCGCAGUCUGAUCUUACCGACUCCUUCUCCCUGCUCAAGACGGGUGCUCCCCUGGGCACUGUUGACAUGAAGCAGUCCCUGACUCGUCCCGUGUCUUCGGCUUCGUCAAGAUACACGCCGCCCCCUACCCAGCCGCAACAUACCCGUGAUGGUAGCAAUGAUAGCUCCUACUUCCGCAGCAACAACCGGGAAAGCAGGCAGCCAAGGCUACCAAUCUCAGUCAAUGGUACGGUGUACCAUUCGCACCCCAACCCAUACGGAGGAGGUGCUAUGGGGUAUGGAGGUGGAGGCCACGGGCCAGGAGGGGGGUAUGGAUAUCGGGGAUGAUCUGAGUGACGCGAAAUGUGGCCGAAAACAAGUUUGUUUGUUGAGAACUAGAACUGGAGGAUGUAAGGGUGGAUGAGAUGACGACAACCUACUACCAAUGCCUUGUAUUUUUAUUUUAUCAUCUUCUUGAUUUAUUGUUUUUGAAACGAUAUCUCUCAUUAUUUGCUAGCCUAGCAUUCAUAGCUAUACCCGAUAUGUAAAUCACCAUCAUUAAACACUAUUCACCAGGCUUCCAAAAAGACUGUUGAGGUACUGUUAUUGAAAAUUGUCAGGUUACCCCAUUG